AUGGCCCCACGACCAAUUCCCCAUUCUACUCUCUAUUCCUCGGCUACCCUUAUCCCAGCCGUCCGUCCUCACCCUAUCCAGAAGACCCCUCUCGAGACUUCUGCCGAUAAAGUCGCCAAGUAUUCAAAAGUUCUGAAGCAUUCCAAAUGUAGUGAUGUCGUGAGUCACGCGCUUCUCAGACUCGCCCAACUGGACUGUCCUAUGAGGGUAUUCGAGAAAUGCAAAACGGAAAAAAGACUGAAGAGAUUCGAAAGAUAUGUUGAGUGCCUCUAUCAGGUGAACAUUCUGAAACGGAAAUUCGAGGAGCUCCGUCGUAAAGAAGAAUUCGAGAAGUUUGGAAAGGAAUCAUCUAAGUUGGAGUUGAAGGAGGAGGAGUACGACCCGGAGUUCCCAGGAUACAACGGACUGGAGUCUACAAAAAUGGAGAUGUAUGAAGAGUACAAACCAACACCGAUUCGUAAAUUUGGAAAAUUCAAUCGAUCAGUGAUCUGA